AUGUGUGCUGAUGCGGGAGUCAAAUUGGUUUAUUUGCCUCCGUACUCGCCGGACCUAUACCCAAUUGAAGAGUUUUUUGCUGAACUCAAAGGCUUUAUACGACGCAAUUGGAGCUACUACGCAGAAGAUCCGGAUCGUGAAUUCGCCUCCUUUCUCGAGCGGUGUAUCAAUCACGUUGGUGAGAAGCUAACGCUAGAGGCCAUUUUCGGCACGCAGGCUUGA